AUGGAGCGGUGUGGACGGGCGGAGGCGUUCAGGCUCCUGCUGCUGGUCUGCUGGCUGACGGUCGGCCCGGUGCUGGCUCAGGUCCGCCACCCGCUGCCUGUGCUGUGGUUGAUGCCGAUGAGGGAGAACCUGACGGCCGGCGUGGGUCCGGCUGUCAGACUGGCUCUGCAGGACCUGAAGAAGCAACCACCUCCACUGGGGAACUACGAGCUCCAGCUCCAGCUGCUAGACUCUCAGUGUGAUCCUGCUAAAUCACUCAAAGCUCUGUUUGACACCAUGUGGACGGGGCCAAAAUACAUGCUAUUGCUCGGAGGGGUGUGUCCAUCUGUGACGGCGCUCAUCGCUCGCUCUCUGCCGGCUCUCAACCUGGUGCAGGUGUCUUUUGCAGCCACGUCGCCCAGCCUGUCCAACAGGAAGUGGUACGGGAAUCUGUUCAGCACCGUGCCAUCAGACCGAGCUCUGAACCAGGCCACGGUGAAACUGCUGCAGCGCCACAAGUGGACCAGAGUCGGCAUCAUCACACAGGAAACACCCAGACUGUCACAGAUGAGGAAGGAUCUGCUCAGACAGCUGCUGAAGGCUGAGGUUCAGGUGGUUUCCACAGAGAGUCUCUCUGACGACGUCUGCAGCAGCCUGAAGACGCUGAAGGAUCGUGACGUUCGGAUCAUCAUCGGACAGUUUGAGGAAGAUUCUGCCGCUGACGUUUUCUGCUGUGCGCACAGACUGAACGUGUUUGGAGCCGGGUACCAGUGGAUGGUUGUUGAUGGAGGAACAGCUGGGUGGAGGCUGGGAGGGCUGGUGUCCAGCUGUUCAGACAACAACCUCCAUCAGGCAGCAGACGGAUCCAUCCGGCUGCAGGUCAGACAGCUGAGGAACGCUAACACAGGGCGGGCCGUCUCUGGACGGACUCCUCAGGACUACCAGGACUCCUACCUCAGACAGCUGAUCAAGGAGGGCUCCCAGUUCAGCCCCCUCCACGCCUUCGCCUAUGACACCGUCUGGGUCGCCGCCAAGGCUCUGAGUCAGGUGAUGGAGGCCGCGAAGCACAGAGAGAAAUACAGCGUCCGCAGGAAUGUGACGGUCAGUGAGGAGGAGGUGCAGAAGAUGCUGCUGGAGGCCGUGAGGAGCACGCAGCUGGAAGGAGUCACGGGACCAGUUUUCUUUCGGAACGGAGAGAGAAUGACGGCGAUCGAGCUGAUCCAGUUUCAAGGCAGCAGUGGUGUGUUGGUGGGUGAGUUCAGUACGUCCACCCAGCAGCUCCGACUGCUGAACCACCUGCUGAAGUUCAAAGGUCCAGGACCAGCCAGAGACCGGACCCUGGCGCGUCUGCAGCGCCGUGGUGUGAACCUCCUCGUGUACAGCGCCGUUUCAUCAGCUGCAGCCGUGACCAUCAUCAUCACUCUGAUCGUCCUCUGCUUCAUCGGCAUCCACCACAAACACCGGCUGCUGAGAUCCAGCGCAGGACCCCAGGACCAGCUACUCCUGCUGGGCGUCCUGCUCUCCUCCUCCUGGGUCCUGGUCUCCGGUCUGGACGGGUCCUCGGUGUCCGACUGGACCUUUGAGACGCUCUGCUCUGUUCGUCUGUGGACUCUGUCAGUGGGACACACUGUGGGCUUCACUGUGCUGCUCACCAGAACAUGGAGGGUCUAUUCACUCUGCAGGAUCAAACAUCAGCAGCAGAGGCGUCGGCAGCAAACGGGUCGUGUCGUGCUCUGUCUCCUCCUGCUGGAUGUGUUUGUUUUAACCUCCUGGCAAAUCCUGGACCCCCUCAGACGGGUGGUGCUGCAGCAUCGCUCCGAGAGUGACUCUUCUGAUCCGGACGUGGUUGUCCGGCCGUACUCUGAGCUCUGCAGCUGCGCCAACAUGGAGCUGUGGCUCACUGCGGUCUACGGAUACAAAGGACCCCUGCUGGGUCUUGGAUGUUUCCUGGCCUGGAGCAUCAGGUCUGUCCAGGUGGGCUGUCACCUGACUCUGAGUGUGUUCGCUGUGACGGUGUUCAGUGCAUCAGGAGUGACAGGAUCACUGCUGACGUCCCACAAUCCUCCUGUUCAGUUCUGCGUGAGCAGCGUCCUCAUCCUCUGCUGUAACAUCUUCAUCCUGAGCUUCCUGUUCGGACCGACGGUGUCACACUUGUGGGUGAACGGCGGCGAGCUGCAGGGUGAUGCUGCAGAGGAGGAAGAUGAAGACCAACUGAGCAGGUUAAACCAGCAGCUGAGGAGGAGGACUGCACAGCUCGACGUAGAAAUAGAAACCAUCGCCAUGCAACUUUCUGAGAUGUCCGAGAUGCUUCACAAGAGAACAAACAAUGGUGAGGUCAGGCCUGUGAGCUGGACUCAUGAAGCUCAGGUCUGUGCUGACGACAGGAAACCAUCAAGUCCAGAGGACGUCAACUCUCCUGAACUCGUGCGGCGCCGUCUCUCCGUGCAGCUGCCCAUCCUCCAUCAUUCCUACCUGCCGGUCGUCGGCGGCGUCAGUUCCAGCAGCUCCAGUCUGUUCGGCAGCCGUGAUGCCUUCGUUAACCAAGACGUGCUGAUGACCACCGUAACAUCCUGUCCCCCUGACGCCGCACACCUGGAGCCACGUCACUGCUGA